AUGGAGGAGCUACGCGGUAAGGCUGGAGCAGCCCAAUCCAGCGGCAGCGUCCCGGAGGAGGACGGAGCGGCUGAGGGGGAGGAGCCGGGGCAGCGGUGGGCGGUGCGGAUGCGGCGGGGGGCGGAGCCUCCCUGCGGCCUGCGCACGCUGCUGCUGCAGGUGCGGGAGCUGGGCCUGGGCUACGAGUCGGACGAGGCGGUGCUGUUCAAGUACUGCAGCGGGGCGUGCCCGUGGGUGCGCUCCAACCACGACCUCACCCUCACCAACCUGCUGCAGAGGGGCGCGCUGCCGCCCCCCCCGCCCGGGGAGAGCUGGCUCAGCACCCCCUGCUGCCGCCCCACGCACCACGAGGACCUGGCCUUCCUGGACGAUACCCACCACUGGCACAAGGUGGAGAAGCUGUCUGCUGCCGGCUGCAGCUGCGUGGGCUGA